AUGGCUGUGGAGAAAGAGGAGCUUUCGGCGGCGGCGGCGGCGUCGUCGAGUUCUUCAGUGGAGGAUGUGGAGGUUAUGUCGGAGUCGGUUAAUGAGAAGAGGCUGCUACGGACACUGGAUUUGAGAUUGCUCCCCGCGGUGUCGAUAUUGUAUCUGUUGUCGUUUUUGGAUCGAAGUAACAUUGCCAAUGCACGCCUCGAAGGCCUGACAACCGAUUUGCACAUGUCUGCUGACCAGUACCUCACCGCUCUUACUCUAUACUUCAUCGGUUACGUUUUAUUUGAGUUGCCAUGCAAUGUCAUCUUGAAGAGGACGACGCCAAAAUUCUGGUUGCCGACGCUUACCAUCGUAUGGGGUAUCAUUGCAACGUUAAUGGGAUUUACCCAAAACGUGGCUGGAUUUUUCGCCGUGCGAUUCUUUCUUGGUGUUGCAGAAUCCGGACUAUUCCCAGGAGUGGUUUACUACUUGUCUAUGUGGUACAAACGAGAUGAAAGGCAAUACCGCAUCUCGCUGUUCUUCUCCUGUGCUUCUCUAGCAGGUGCUUUUGGUGGUAUCUUGGCAUAUGGUAUCGGACAUAUGCGAGGUGUAGGUGGAUACAAUGGUUGGAGAUUUAUCUUCAUUCUUGAAGGUUUGUUGACAAUCGUCGUCGGUGUUAUCGCGUAUUGGUUCAUUUCAAACUAUCCGGACACAGUCAGCUGGUUGUCGAACAAGGAGCGUGCCUUUAUCAAAGCUCGUUUGAAGGCGGAUUCCGAUGCCACAAAUGAUGAGGCCUUCAGCUGGGAUGCCGUCUUGAAUGGCUGUAAAGAUCCCAAAGUAUGGUUGUAUGGUCUCGGUUUCCACACCAUGAGUCUACCUCUGUAUACUCUGUCUCUCUUUCUGCCAACAAUCAUCAAAGAUAUGGGCUACACCGCCGCUCAAUCUCAACUACUCACCAUCCCGCCCUACGCCGUGGCCACCAUUUUCACAAUCUUCUGGGCCAUUUUGUCCGAACGAUAUGCAAAGCGCGGACUCUUCAUCAUCAUCACCUCGUCCGUAGCCAUCAUUGGCUAUAUUAUUCUGCUCGCCAACAAGAACCCGCAAGUUCAACCAGGCGUUUCCUACGCAGGCGUCUUCCUUGCCGCGAUCGGCAUCUACCCGUCGGUCGCUCUCGUAUUGAGUUGGCCGGCCAUCAACGUGUCCGGUCAGACUAAACGCGCGACAGCAAAUGCGAUGCAAAUCUCUAUUGGAAAUCUGGGUGCUGUGUUGGGAACGCAGCUAUACCGAGCAAACACAGCACCCAGAUAUGUGCUCGGACACUCGUUUGCACUUGGCUAUCUCUGCAUGAACAUCGUGGUCGUUAGUGCCUUAUUGUGGCUUCUAAACAAGGAAAACAGCGAAAAAGAGGCGUAUCUUGUUGCGCAUCCGGAUACACCUGGGUUUCAUGAUAGCGCAGAGGAUCUGAAGCAGGGUGAUCGCCAUCCCAGAUGGAGGUUUCAGAUCUGA